AUGAUCCGAGGCCCCAUUCAAAUUCGCAUUAAACAGAAUAGACCAGUUGACACGGAUUCAAUCCUCAUUCCCAAGUCAGGAUCUAAAACGUUCUUUCCUGUUCUUCCUCUUCCUCCUCCCCAAGGCUCAAUCACCAAAGUCGCUGCGUUUGCAUCCGUAGCCAGCCGUCUGGCCCAUUUCACUGAUGUUCGACGACACUGGUGGCGCAACCGAGGCAGCGGUACAACAGUCCCCGAUGUGUCAAAGACGAUUAUCAACAAUUCAUCCCUCUCCUCCUCCGUCUCCCUUGUAUCAUCACCCCAACAACAGCCCCUAGUCGGCAGACCAACGGACCUCCCGAUAAAACCGUCUGCAACGCCGUCCAGCCCCCUCGUCUGCACAAAGCCCUCAUCUCCACUGCCCCAGCGAGCACAGAUGCCUGUGACUGCCUCCGUUGAGAUACCAGAUCAGCUUCCGGACCCACCUGUCAGCCGUGCUGAGGCAAGCCCAAAUUUCUGCACCAAUAAUUUCUUUCAUAUUUACGUCUGCUUACCUACACUAUUUUUACUUGUAUCUGCAUCUGUCAGAGUUGGUAGAACAUUUGUCGCUUGA